AAGUCUUUUUGAUUUUCAAAUAUAUAUUUAAAAGAAUCACCUAAAGAUUAGAAGUAAGAAUAAGAUGAAGAUUCAUUCCUAUCUUAAGUCCUUAGCUAUUUUAUUUCCUCUUUUUUUGUACUGCUCAGGUAAAUCCACUAUCUUCUCAGGAAAAUGCCAUUUGUCAGCUAACCAUGUAUCUUCUUGGGUUUAUCUUUUCAGGCUUUACAUUAUACCUAGAGUAUCUUUCUGAAUCAUUUCUAUUUCUCACACUUUUAAUAGUUGAAGUUCAUUCUCUCCACAGGCUUUUCCCUGACCAAUUUGAAGAAAAAUCUCACCAUCAGAUUCCUAUAGCAUUCUUUCUCUUUCUAUAUUACAUUUAUUUUAUUUCUUUCAUUUAAUUCAUACAUAUAACUAGUGAUUCCUCAGUUGUCUUUUUAAGGCAGGCUAGACUAGUGUUGUUUUUCUUAGGUUGUAUACACGUAAGAGAUGACAUACUGUGCCAUGUGACUUUACUUUUUUACAAUGAUAAAAGAAAAGGUUCAUAUUAGGACAACAGGCAUUCCUAUAAAACUCUGGUCUGCUAAUCUCUAUGCUUAUAACUGUUGUUAAAAAAAUGAUUUUCUGCAUUUCAAAAGUAUUUGUAAAUGAAAAUAUUCAGUACUUUCAGUACCUUAAACAUGGACUAUUCAAUACAGUGGCCACUAACCACAUGCCACCAUGUAAAUUACUGUCAGUUAAGAGUAAAUAAAAUUACCAAAUCGCUUCUUCAGUUGCCAUGUCACAUUUCAGGUGUUGAGUAGGCAUGUGCAGCUAAUGACUACCAAACUGGACAGCACAUAUGUAGAACAUUCUAUUGGACCACACUGCCUUAGGCACUUCUAAAUUACCAUACAUAUUACUACCUCAUAAAUCAUAUUUCUGAAAGAGAAGAAAAGAGUGACAACUAGAAACCAGUUUUGAUAGAGCAAUUAGGGCCAUAUAUAAAGAACUCAUAUAUCUGGAAUCUUAAUUUCCAUGUCCUGUUGCAAUAUUUGGCAUUUUGGAUUUUGAAAAAAUCUGGGCAUUUAUUAUGAUACAUUUUUGCUUUGUUUUUUUCCCACUUUACUUAGGUAUAAUUGACAUAUUUUGAAGUUUAAAGUGUACAACAUGUUGAUUUGAUACACUUAUUACUAUCAAAUGAUUACUGUCAUAUCACUAACACUUCCAUCAUGUCACAUAAUUGUUUGAUAUAUACUUACUGAAUUCUUUUAUUGCAGUAUGAUUCCUUGGGCAGUGAAAUGAUGAACUCUUAGAUGUUUGAGAUGAACUUUGUGAAAUGAAAAUUUUGUUACUUCUAUUUAUUAUUUCUAGUAAAUAAGUUUAAUUAUGGAAGAUACCAAAUAUUGAGGAUACUAAGGUUUUGAAGAUAAAAGUAGUAUAAGAAUCUCAUAGAUCAAACCUAUAAAUCCUAAAUCAAUGAAAUCAAAAUGAAGUUUACACAAUAAACAUCUCCUGUGCAUUUGCAUAGUUGCAUUAAAGUUAUGCUAGUCUUCUGAAUAGAAAUUAAAGCAUUGAUAAUCUAAGUUGUUAGUCUUGUUUCUUAGACAAAUGAGUGGAGUAGAAAUAGUUCUUGAAUAGAUCAUUUUUAGACUGAGUAGUUCAAAUAUUUAAAGGGAAAUGCUUUUUGGCUUGUUCUUAGGUGUUAGCUGUCUUUUUUGAUAAAAAGGAAAUGAUUCAGCUCUAAAAAAGUCCAUGAAGUAAAAAUACUCUUGUAAAAAUAUAUAAGCACACAUUAUUGAAACAGAAACAUGGCUUAGUAAAUGUUUCUACACAUAUGCAAGCAAAUAUAUGUUUAUAUAAUAUAUGCACCCAUAGUAUUUAAGUGCUAAUACAAUGGCUCUAAUUUCCAGAAAAGGAAGGAGGGUGUUAUUUCAGAAUUCUCAUCUUAGAAGUUAAAAAAUGCAGUUGCAAAAAGUCUUCCUUUUUAAAAGCAAAACAAAACUAUGCUAUUUUUUUUUUUUUUACUGAAGUCAAACCAAAGAAACUUCUUAAUUAUAAAUAAAUUUGAUUGUGAACCUCUGGCUGAAACAUACCUAUUUGGAAGAUUAGGCUUGUGAAAUGCAAGCAAAGUAUUGCAAAGAAUAGUUAUACCUUACCUUUUGUCUGGAUGCUCCUGACAUAAGUGCUUGUAGAACAAUGAGAAAUGAUCUCUGGUCCUUUAGGAAUCUUGAGAGUGUCUGAAUCAAGUCUUCUUUUCUUGUUCUACUCUUCACAGAUAAAGAGUAAUGACGUCCUUUAAAAUGGUGAUGCAAGUGUUUACCCCAGGACAGAAGGAGGAGCUACAUGAGCUAAGAUAGGCAAGCUUGAGAAUAAUAAUCUGUGAAAAUCCAAGGAUAAGAUUGGGUGAAGAAGUAGGGGAACAGAAAUAUAGUAAAUUAUCUUGUAGGAGCACAUCACAUGGCUCUGUAGUGUUAGAGAAAUACAAGUGAUUUUUUUUUUUUUUUUUUUUUUUUUACUAAGAUGGAGGAUGUCUUAGUAGCAGUUGGAAACAACCCUUGCAGGGUUUCUGGUUUAGGGAUUGAGGGGUUACUGGGAAAUAGCCAGAGUUGGGAGGUUAGAGAGUUGAGAUUAGAAUCCAAACUUAAAAAAAAAAAAAAAAGGUGGGCAAUUGUUUUUGUAGGUUACUGGGAAGACUGAGAAAUAGAGAAGUAAAGUAGAAACUGAAUUAAUUUGUUCCAAGUUUUAAUUUCUCCCUACACACAGACUGAAAAAUAGUUACAAAAGUUAAGCUAAAAAACACAAAUGUGAUACUUGAAACAAGAUAAGAUUGAAACCAUUCUGGUAAGAAUUUGAAGUAACAAAUAUGGAAAAUAUGAAGUAGAGAUAAAAUUAGUUUUGUAGAGACCUGUUUGUUACUUUACAAUUGUACCGCAGUACUUAAUUUAUGACAAAAGUUGUACUCAGAAGAAAUAAUAAUUUUUUUAUACUAUAGUAGGUGUAAGAGAAGGAAGGAGUGAAGUAUGAAACCAAACUUCAAAAAUUAACUGAGCUGUCACAAAGUGAAAAAGGAGUUGAUAAAUACUUUUCCCACUUACAGAAAAGUAGAUAGAAUAGUGAAAAAUUACCAUAUCUUUCAAGAGCUAAGAAAGACUUAGAAUCUGAAUCUGUUUAAAUUGUAAAAUACAAUAAUUAAAUAUUUUAUAAAUAUAUAUUUAAAAUAUAUUAAAUAUUUUAAAAUAAUUUAUUUCCUAAAAAUAUAAAUAAAAUACUUAUAUUUUAUAUUAUUAAGAUGAAAAACAUUAAUAAAACUUGCUUGUGCACUACUACCUUAUUUCAUGUACAAAAAUUACUGAAAAUGGAUCAGACUUCCAUGAAAACUCUUGGAAGAAAACAUAAAUGUAAAUCUUCCUGACCUUGGAUUAGGAAUAAUUUCCCAGAUAUAAUAGCAAAUACACAAGCCACUAAAGAAAAAGUAGAUACAUUGGCAUAAUCAAACUUAAAACCUUUUUGCUUUGAAGAAUAUCAUCAAGAAAGUGAAAAGAUGAUCCAAAGAAUGGGAGGAAAUUUUUGCAAAGUUAAAUGUCUGAUAAGGGACUUCUAUCUAAAAUAUGUAUAAAGUACUCUUACAACUUAGUAAUAAAAACGAAAACAAAACAUUUAAAAAUGAGCAAAGAAUCUGAAUAGGCAUUUUUCUAGAGAGGAUGUACAAAUGACCAAUAAACACAUGAAAGAUGCUCAACAUCAGUAACAGGGAAUUGCAAAUCAAAAACACAAUGAGAUAUUACUGCUCAUCCACUAGGAUGGCUAAAAUCAAAAGAACAAAUAAUAACAAGCAUUGGCAAGGAGCUGGAAAAAUUGAAAUCCUCAUACGUUGAUAGAAGGAAACAAAUCAUGUAGCCCCUUUGAAAACCAGUCUGGAAGUUUCUCAAAAAGUUAAAUAUAGAUUUACCACAUGACCCAGCACAUAACUCCUAUAUAUAUGGAUACAUAUAUGUAUGUGUGUGUGUAGCUAUCUAUAGAUACAUAUAUAUCUACAUAUGCAUAUAUGUGUAUAUGUAUUUCCGAGAGAAUUGAAAAUAUGUUCACAAAAAGCAUAUAUACGGACGUUCAUUGCAGCAUUACUCAUAAUAACCAAAAAAUGGUAACAACCCAAAUGUCCUAUCAACUGACAAAUGAAUAAACAAAAUACAUAUUCCAUACUGUGGAUUGAUAUUCAGUCAUAAAAAAGAAAUGAAGUACUUCUUAUGCCACUACUGGUACUUGCUUCUGUGCUCAUUCAGUGUGGACCUGAUACCUCCUUUGUAAAGUGGCAGAGGAGGAUACUCUGAAAUUCUCCAUGGUCAAUGAAAAGCCCAAGGAAGGAGUCAAGACUGAGAAAAAUGAUCAUAUUAAUUUGAAGGUGUUGGGUCAGGAUGCUUCUGUGAUAAAAAAAAAGAUUAAGAGGCAUACAACACUUAGCAAACUAAUGAAAGCCUUCUGUCAACCACAGGGUUUGUCUAUAAGGCAGAUCAGAUUCCCAUUUGAAAGACAGCCAGCCAGUGAAACAGACAUACCCACACAGUUGGAAAUAGAGGAGGAAGAUAAAACUGAUGUGUUCCAGCAGCAGACAGAAGGUGUCUACUAAAGAAGGAACCUGCCACUUUGUUCCAGAACUAUGUUCGUACAGACCAAGAAUACAUUCUGUGUUAAAAACCUCAGUUUGGGGCGCCUGGGUGGCUCAGUCGGUUAAGUGUCCGACUUCAGCUCAGGUCAUGAUCUCGUGGUUCAUGGGUUCGAGCCCCGCGUCAGGCUCUGUGCUGACAGCUCAGAGCCUAGAUCCUGCUUCGGAUUCUGUGUCUCCCUUUCUCACUGCCCCCUCACUCACACGCUGUCUCUCAAAAAUGAGUAAACAUGCAAAAAAAAAAAAAAAAAAAAAGGAAAGGGGUGCCUGGGUGGCUCAGUGAGUUGAGCGUCCGACUUCGGCUCAGGUCAUGAUUUCACAGUUCAUGAAUUUGAGCCCUGCAUCAGGCUCUGUGCUGAAAGUUCAGAGCCUGGAGACUGCUUCAAAUUCUAUGUCUCCCUCUCUCUCUGCUCCCCAGCUCAUGCUCUGUCUCUCUCUCCUUCAAAAAUAAAUAAAAACAUUAAAAAAAAUUUUUUUAAAUUAAAAAACUCAGUUUGGUUCCACCACAUCCUGAGUACUAGUUGAUAGUUUAUUCUUUCAUUUUCCCGUUCCUCAUUCCUUUACUCUGCAUGCAGUAACUGGUGUGUUCGCACUAGCAUAUUGCCUUUUUUUUUUGUACUAAAUAUCCAGUGGUAUAUUUUGAUUGACAUCAAAUCAAGAUGGAAUGGGACAAAAUAAUGACUCUGUGAAAAGAAGCUCAUUCUCCAUGUUCUUCACAACUUUGAAAGAUCAGUAUUUCCUGACUUAGCCCUAUAUUGUGUGAUCUUUAUUCUCUAUUCAUUUUCCUUUCUGUCUUCGUAGAAUUUUUAGAAUGGCUUUAAAUACCACCUGUAUGAUCAUGACACCACAUUUAAAUCUCUAGCUAGCGAGUUUAGAUCAGAUUUUUUUCCCCUCUAAUCUUCUUUACCUCUUCCUUAACAAGUGGUCUCACAAUCUACCUACAUGGUUGAUCAAGUCAGAAUCUAAAAUUCGUAUUUGAUUUCUCUUUCUCCCUCAUUUUCUAUAAUAAUUCCUAAUUAUCAAGUCUUGUCAAUCUUCUCUCCAAAAUAUAUCUUGAUCUAUUUACCUCAAUCUCCAUGACGGUUACAGUAAUAAAUACCUUGUUUAUCUCUUGUCUACACUCCCUUAUUGGUGUCCUAAUUGAGCUUCCAGUUUUCCCCCUUCUACUAGCCAUUUAUCUUCCAGCCAAUCUUCUUGAAUGUUAAAAGGAUUGUGUUAAUUCCCACUUAGGUCUAGAAUGGUUUCUCUUCAAACAUAUUUCUUGGAGUCAAAUCCUAGUUUCACCACUUUCUAUCUGUAGAGUCUUACACAAGUUCUUAAUCCCUCCCUGGCAUAAUAUGUGCUGGUAAAGUUAAGGAAGAUUAUUCAUAUCAAGCAUUUGUAACUGUGCUUGGCACUCAGUAAAUGUUCACAUUUAUUAUUAAUGUUAUAGGGCCUGCAGAGCCCUGUGUGAUCAGACUUCUCUGGGCAUAAGGCUUAACCCUUGAGAAUGCCUUUCCUAAUAGUGAUUUUCUUCAGAGUUGAGUUCUCCUUCAGUUUUUCUCUACUUCAACAACCUAUUUAUUUGCUUAUCCUACUUAUCAAGUCUAAUUACCUUUUUCUCUUGUUUGUUGCCUGUCCCCUCCCCUAGACGGUAAGCUUCAUGGAGAGGGACCAUGCUUAGGUCAUCCACUAUUUAACUUUCAUACCUGGCACAGUUCUUGCCACAUAGUAGGAACUUAUUCUAUACUUGUUGAUAAAAUAAUUAAUGAAUCUCACAUUCUUAGCAAGAUAUUUGGAGAUUUACUUUUUAGUCAGGUUUCAUUCUGAUUCAGUUUGUCUUUGAAUGGAAUAUAACAUUUAUUUAUAAUACUAUAAUCUAUUUUGGAUGUCAUGAGGGAGACUUUUCUAACUUCCUCCCUUAAAAUUUCAUACAUAGAGACUAAACUGGGCAAGGGAGCAAGAAUGUGAUAAUGAAAUUUCUUUGGUUUAGAAGAGAAACUUUCUCAUACUUUAGUAUUGCAUUUUCAGUGUGUGUAAUAACUUUUGACUCUCAAAAAAGGAAAAUUUGAAGCCUGAUAUUAUAUAGUAUCAGUAUGAUACUCUGGUGGUUCCUUUGGAUGCAAUUCAAAGGGUAUUUGUUAUUGAAGUACCUGAAGGGCCUUCAAAUAGUUUUACAGAAUGAACACCAAAGAAAGAAUUAUAGAGAUAUAUUUCAAUGAGAGUUAAAUUAUAUAUGAUAAGAGAAAAAGUACGGUUGUUAUUAGGAUGUUAUUUUAAAUGGUUUUCUGGUUUCUGAUAUUUUUGUAGUCAACAAAUGAUUGGAAAGAGUAUACCUAAUAAAAAGUGGAAGCAGGGCACCUGGGUGGCUCAGUUGGUUAAGCGUCCAACUCUUAAUUUAGGCUCACGUCAUGAUCUCACAGUUCAUGAGAUCAAGCCCCACAUCAGGCUCUGCACUGUCAGUGACGGGCCUGUUCGGAAUUCUUUCUCUGCUCCUUCCCCACUUGUUCAUUCUCUCUCUCUCUUUCUCUCUCAAAAUAAACAUGGAAAAAAAUUUUUACAGUGGAAGCUUUUCCUCCAGAUACAGUAAUAUCAGUAGUUGCUCAUAAUUUUUCUUUGUUUCUAACAUGUAACACUUCUUUAGGGAUACAAUCUAAUGUAUAAAGCUUUAAAUUGAAGUUUUAAUACAUCUUUUUCACCUUGGUACUUUCAUUGUUUAUAAUAUAUUUUAGCAAUUCAUUAUACUGUUUUGGUUAGGUCCUCCUCAUACAAUUAUUUUCUUUAGAACAAAAAAUAUUUUCAAUAAAAGGGAAUUUUUUUAGUGUAUACCUUACUAUUAUUGAAUUUAGUCAUUUAGGAUUUACCCUUGGUUCAUUUGUUACAUAACUUUGAUUAUAUAAGCAAACUUUAUUAAUGCUCCAGUUUUUCUAUAAGAUAAAAUGUAGAUGUUUACAGGUUUUUUUGAAGUCUUUUGAAAGGGUUGAUAACAAGAGUCAGAUUUCCAGUCAAAAUUGAUAUGUUGAUUUGAUUAAGAGAAAAAAAAUUAAUUUUUCCUAACAGCUUCUUCUUUAAUACAUGGGAGUAAUGUCUUUGGUUAAAUGAUAAAAAUACCUUUUUUGGUUCAGAUCACUUUAACUCAGUAUUUUUUUGAAUACUGAAUUAUUUUUUAAAUGUUAUCUCAGAAGUGUAUUUUAUGAAAAAUACUUUUUUUCUUAGCUUGCAUUAAUAGUGAAGAUGUUGAGCAUACGGUGGACACCUCGUUAAGUAGCACUUCCUCUACCGUUUGUCCUCCCAUCCCUUCUGGUUCAGUAAAAACUCAUAAUAAAUGAGGUCUAUGCAGCAUUCCACUUCAGGUAUUGUUUUAUUUAAGUGGAAUUAUUUCACAUAUAGCAAGUGUUUCACUUAUAUUGGUUUACUUAAAAAAUUAUUAGUAAAACUUAAGCCAAAGAACUCCUCAAAAGAAUAUUGUAUUAGAUCUUUAGACUUUAAGAAAUCUCUGAAACUGGUGAGAUACGUGUGUGUUUUUGGUAUUCUUCAGCAGUCCCUAACACAAUGUUGACAUUAGGAAUAAGCAGAAAUAGUUUUGAUCUGACUCUUAGAAUGUACUUUUAAGCAUGGUGGACUCAAAAUUAAAAAAGAAAAAAAAAAGACCUUUUCUUAUAUAGGGAAAUACUAGGAAUAAUGGGUGACUCCCAGUUAUCAAAAACCAGAAUUCUUUUUAAGGCAUGUGUUCAACAGAAUUUGGGCUCUAGAGCCAUUGUAAUCAUAACUCUUUACGGAGUCAAAAUAUUUUGUCAACAGCCAUUUUAGCUAUUGGAACAGUGGCAAAAUCUCAGGUAUAUAAAUUUACUUAAAUAUCUUUACCUUUUUGUGGAAAACCUUAAGUAUGUAGAAAUUUUUUCCACUUGUUUUGUUAAUCUCUGUUAGGCUGGAAGUUUUAGUUUUUCUCUUUUUACAUAAAUCAAUAAAAGCAAUUCCCAUAUUUCCAAGGAAACACAAAACCUCUAUUCCAGGCAAGUCUUCCCACAUAUUUGUUUGUAUCUGACAGAAGGUCUCUUAUUUUCCUUUGUACUUUUCACUCAUUUAAAAUUCCUUAUGAACUAUAAUAUAGGUUAAAUUCUCUUUAAAUAUUUUUGUUUUAUAGGAAGUGAUAAGGUUUAAAAGAAAAUAUAUAGAACUUAAAGUAAGAAGAAUUAUGUUUCUUCCUUGAGCAGUUUAUCUGCAUGAGCUUGGGCAAAUUGUUUUAACCUAAUUCUUAACUUUUCUUGAUGGAAAAUUUGAAACUAAUAAUAGUUCUUUCCACCUUUGCUUCAUGGACUUUUUAAAGAAGUAUCAAAGGAUAUGUUUGUAAAAGUAUUUUUUAAACUAUGAACUAUGCAAAAUUGGUGGAUUAUGAGCUUAUUAAAUUUUUUUGCAGCCUUAAUAAACUCAUGACUAAAAAGAGUAAGACAAAUUCCGUUUACUAAAAUGGAAUAAUUUAAUUUGAUAA